ACAAAGAGGGAAGGCAAAUGAUUAUUGCCGGCAUGGGUGAAUUGCACCUAGAAAUUUUGGUGGAAAGAUUAAGAAGCGAGUUUAAGGUAGAAUUAGAAAAAAAACAGCAAAAAGUGUCUUAUCGAGAAACUAUUAAAGAAGAAUUUGAAGUAAAUGAAAAAGGCGAAAGAGGAUUUAAAAAAACAGCAAUUGAAUAUACUCAUAAAAAGCAAACCGGUGGGGCCGGGCAAUUUGCUAAAAUUAAACUUGAAUUUAGACCUAAUCCCGGAGGAGGUUUUAAAUUUGUAAAUUCUUUAAAGGGUGAAAAGGUAGGAAAGGGAAAUUGUUUUGUUUCGGCCAUCAAGAAAGGUCUGCGGGCGGCCUUUUCGGAAGGACCUCUACUGGGCUAUCCCGUAGUAGAUGUAGAGGUUACUUUGAUGGAUGGUGGUUACCAUCCGGUUGACUCCUCUGAUUUGGCUUUUGAAACCGCGGGUCGAGAUGCUUUUUUGAAAAAUUCCAACCAAUUUAAGUUGACUUUAUUAGAACCAAUUAUGCAAUCAAGAAAAUUAGGACAAGCCGAUA